UACUGUUAAUAGUGCCCUUGGGCCGCAGCACCUUCUUUUCUCAUUGCUCAUGAAGAAAUCGUGUCUUUUUCGUUUCUCUCCGUAUUUAAAGUAUUCAAUACAUUCGUAACUCUUCAAGAAAACAGAUACGCAAGGCCUAAGGUGUGAUCAAUUUCUUGACGCCCUAAGCAACCAAAAAACAGAAAAGAGCUUGUGUUGUGCGAGUCUUCUUGUGAAGCUAAUAUGGCCAGAGAUAUGGAGCACAACAACAUCAACACAGACGAAAACAACAGCAACAACAGGAACAUGGAUGAAGAGGGCAGCUACAUGGGGGUGCCAAUUCACAGCCAAGUGAUGAAGAUCAAGCAAGAGUUUGAGAAAAUCAAGCACCCGUCUCUGGAGCAGCCUGCAGAGCUGCGACUGAGACGUGUCCUUCUCCGCCAUAUUACUCACCAGCGUUCGCGUUCUCCGCUGGGAUUGGCUGCAUAGGGAGGGAGGGAUGGGGGUUGCCCUGCCUCAGCUUGCAUGGUUAUGGUGGCGACGCUUUAGAUAUUAACUUUUUUGUUUUUUGUUUUUUUUUAUAUUACUGUUUUUC